UUGAAUUGUCGCUGUGGUUGAUUGCUAUCUUACUGUAACCGAGUGUCCACGUAUAUGUUUUCUGUCGGCUAUUGCACGUUGUAACGGGGUGUUUGCGCAAUCACAUGUACACAAAUAUUCCCCGCCUCAUCCGUUACCCUGCCAAUGCUUUCACGAGCGCUUUGCCAGCGUACAUCGAGGAUUGGAGCUAUCUGUGCGCACAGCGCUUUGAUUUCGUCGUCAAAGAGGCUCUCCUCGCUUGUUUUCUCUUCUGGAGGAGAGGCACGUCAUGGGAGGUCUCAGCUGUACAUGCGCAAACGGUCAUUAACCACACCACCACAGACGGGCCUCAGUGAGCUUCACAUAGAAGAGUACCAUACCCUUUCAGAUGCCACUAUGACCACACUGCUCGAGCGACUGGAGGACCUGCUUGACGGGCUUGGCAAUAACGACGCGGAAGUAGAUUACCAUAGCGGUGUGCUGACGCUUAAGCUCGGACCGCACGGAACGUACGUGAUCAACAAGCAGCCUCCCAACAAGCAAAUUUGGCUUUCCUCGCCACUUAGCGGUCCGAAACGGUACGACUACGUCAGAGCUACGGAUGAUUGGCGAUAUUCCAGGGACGGAGAAGAGCUGGGCAUGUUGCUGCAACGUGAACUAAGCGAAAUGCUGGGACGUGAUGUCCGUCUGGAUUUAGGUCGAGUUUCUGAUUUGGCGUAGACAUCCUUUGGAAUCGUUUUCCGAAAUGCUGCAGAUUUCGACAUCGAGAAACGCCGGGUUGCAACCCCCCACGUGGAAGUGGUGCAGACUGUAUACACGCCCCCCACCGUCUCCUCCGCACCCCAGGAGAAUGCCUCGGUCACCGAUGCGGCACCUCGGGCAGGAGUAGUGAUAUGACCUUUACGCUGCUUGGCCAAUUUGCAAUUGUCGAGGUGUGGGUCGGUAGUACCAUCUCGGCUAUGAAUUUGAUCCCCCAUUUUUGCUUCAUUUCACACAAUAUUUACCCGACCCGUCAUUAA